AUGAGUGGCAAAUUCAACGGCACACAGGCUUUGAUUGCUAGUCAACAACCAUUGGCCAUUUAUGUGCAUUGUCUGAUGCACGCAGGGAACCUCGUAGCUCAAGAAGCGAUAGAAUCCUCUGGUGUUGUCCAAGAUGCGGCAUCAUUGACAAAUGAAGUUGCUGCUACCUGCAACCGAUCAACCAAAUUAACCGCCAUUCUCCGGGGCAUUCAGUCACAGAAGCACGACCGUGCCAGCCUGCGUCCACUGUGCCCAACAAGAGUUCUAGUUAGAGGAGCUGCUUUAAAGACCAUUCUGGAUCAGCAUGAAAGCUUAAGUGAUGCACUGUCCGAUUAUGCAGAUGCCAGCACAGGAGAGCCAGCAUCCAAAGCAAGAGGCCUUCAGAAGCAAAUAAAAGAAGCUGAGUUUGUGCUGGGUCUAAAGAUGGCUCUUCCAGCAAUUAAUUUGCUUGAAAGCUUGAACAGAGCUAUGCAGUCCCGAAGCUAUACAAUCUCCAAUGCUGUGGCAGCUAUGAAGAUUACGUAUGAAGGCUUGUCAGGCAUGAGAAGCGAGGAAACGUUUCACGACCUCUUCAAUGCAUGCAUUGAACGCUGUGAAGAACUAGAUUUGGAGGCACCCAAAUUACCUCGGGUACACAGACGCCCACGAAGAUUUGAAACUGGGGAUGCGCCAGAUCAUGUUUUCGAAACAGCAGAAGAGCACUACCGAGUUCAGUAUAUGAAAUUCAUAGACACUGCCAUGGCUGCCUUGAAAAGAAGAUAUGACCAGCCAGGAAUUCAAAUGUACCUCAAACUGGAAGAUGUUAUAUUGAGAUCCUGUAACCCAUCACAGCCUGCCAUCAGUGUCUCCUGUGUUGUGGAUGUUGUAAAGCAGUAUCCAGAGCUUGAUGGGAGUAUGUUACAUACCCAACUUGCUAUGGUCAGGCAGCUGAUGAUGUCGGAUACAGAGGCCAAUCCAUUCACACUGGAUACCAUUAUUUCAGAGAUUGUAAGCAUGGAGCCAGUAGUGCGCCAGCUGUUUAAUCAAGUGGACACAUUCCUGCGACUUCUGCUUACUAUUCCCUGUAGCAGUGCAGAAGCAGAGAGCAGCUUUUCUGGUCUGCGUCGGCUGAAGACUUAUCUUCGAAACUCAAUGGCCCAGGCAAGACUCAACCACCUUGCUGUUUUGCACGUUCAUCAAGACAUGACAGAUGGAAUCGAUAUCGAAGCAAUUGCGAAGGAUUUUGUUCUAAAGUGUGACUCAAGGAAGGUCACAUUUGGUUUCUAA